CCAUAGCAACAGACACAGAACAUGGAAACGUAUAGAGGGGCCCUCAUAAGAAACAAUAACAGGUUGAUGUUUCUCCACACAGCCUCCUCAGUCAGUGUGCAGUGAGAGUUGUCCUCCAGGUACCCGCAUGGCCAGAAAGGAGGGGGAACCUGAGUGUUGUUUUGACUGUGUCCCUUGUUCUGAGGGAAUGAUCAGCAAUACAACUGACUCCAUGGAGUGCACCAGUUGUCCAGAAGAUUUCUGGACCAGCCCUCAGCGUGACCACUGUGUUCCUAAGAAAACAGAGUUCCUCUCCUACCAUGAGCCUCUGGGUAUCUGCUUGACAACCACCUCACUGUUGGGCACAUUUAUCUGUGUUGUUGUUCUGGGCAUCUUCAUCCAUCAUCACAACACACCUAUAGUUCGUGCCAACAAUUCAGAGCUCAGUUUUCUUCUCUUGGUGUCGCUCAAAUUGUGUUUCCUCUGCUCAUUGCUCUUCAUUGGACGACCCAGAUUAUGGACUUGCCAACUAAGACAUGCAGCAUUUGGCAUCAGCUUUGUGCUUUGUGUCUCAUGUAUCCUGGUGAAAACCAUGGUGGUUCUGGCUGUGUUCAGGGCCUCCAAACCAGGAGGUGGGUCCACUCUGAAGUGGUUUGGUGCUGUGCAGCAGAGAGGGACAGUUCUGUUUUUGACCUCUAUUCAAGCAGCAAUCUGCACUGUCUGGCUUGUCUCUGCUUCACCAGUGCCUCAUAAAAACACCCAGUAUCACAGUGGCAAGAUAGUCUAUGAGUGUGCAGUUGGGUCCACAGUUGGUUUUACAGUUUUACUUGGUUAUAUUGGUUUACUGGCUGUCCUGAGUUUUUUGUUAGCUUUUCUAGCAAGGAAUCUUCCAGACAGUUUCAAUGAGGCCAAGCUCAUCAAUUUUAGCAUGUUGAUCUUCGGUGCAGUGUGGGUGGCCUUUGUCCCUGGUUACAUAAACUCACCAGGCAAAUAUGCAGAUGCAGUGGAGGUUUUUGCCAUCCUGGCCUCCAGUUUUGGCCUCUUGGUGGCACUGUUUGGACCUAAAUGUUACAUAAUCUUGUUGAGACCAGAGAGAAACACAAAGAAAGCCAUCAUGGGUCGAGGCACCACAAAGUAAAACUGUGAUCACUGUUGUUUCUUCAUCUAUCAUUUGUAUUUUAGACUUGUAACUAUAAGAUCACAAUACAGGCAAUAAACAAUUUGAUAAGA